AUGGCCGCCAGGUCGAUUAUGAGCCAUGGCUCAGAAACUUUGGAUGUUUUUACGCGCCGCUCGCCACCAAAGGUCGAGAUUGAAUUCGUUGGUCAGAAGCCAGGCUUGGUCAACUCUUAUACAACCGGCGACCAGAUCGAGGGCAGCGUAAAGAUCACAGUGGAUGCUGAUACACGCUUUGAUGAGGUUGAUAUUGUCUUCCAAGGCACGUCACACACUACGGUAGAACGGGCAGCUUGCCCCGGACGCACGGGGUCACAGCAGAUGUUCCUCAAACUCCGCCAACCAAUCGAUGAAUCUGACUAUCCCUGCCCGCGGAUCAUGGAGGCAGGACGCACAUAUUCCUUUCCGUUUACCUUUGUGGUACCCGAUCGUCUGCUACCGCAGGUCUGCACCCACCCACGAACUAAUAUCCACAUUCAUAAUGCACACACUAUGCUCCCACCUACUUUAGGGGAUCCCAUGCUAGCUGGAAAUGGAAAGACUUUGCUGGAUGAUAUGGCUCCUGAUAUGAGCCAGGUCUCCUAUAUUGUGCGCGCGACGGUAUUAAAGAAGUCCUCGACAGACCACGGCAAUCUCAAGACCAUGGCCAACAUUGCGAAGAAGGUUCGCAUCAUCCCCACUGUGGAAGAGGAGCCUCCAAUCAACGUGGUCGAGCACGCCUACUAUUGCACCCGAAAGGAGAAGAAUGUUAAGCGUGGGUUCCUUCGAGGCAAGCUCGGCCGCUUGGUAGCUUCUGCAUCGCAGCCCAAGCCGAUUCGCUUGCUUCCUCCUAGCUGCGAGGCUAGUGAUACAGUCAGCACCAUGGCAACGGUUCAGCUUCGAUUCGACCCCGUGGGUGAUGAACAACCACCCAAACUGGGCUCCUUGACCAGCAAGAUCAAGGCCAGCACUUUCUACAGCGCAGGGCCCUGGGAUGAUUUCCCAAUGCAGUCUGGCUCAACCCCAUUCUCCCAAGUUGGCCAAGGUCUCUUCACCGAGUCUGUUCCAAUUUCUAACAUGUGUGUUGCCUCCGCAAAAUGGGUCAAGCACUCUUCAUCAACCGAGUGCGAGCGCCGCGACUCCGUGCAAUCGAUGACCUCCGAGCACUCAACCGGCCCAUCGACCUCCUUCUCCGGCGAUACCUACUACACCGCAUCAGUAGUAAUCCCUAUCAACCUCCCCAACAACAAAACCUUCGUGCCGACCUUCCAUUCCUGCUUGAUAUCGCGCACGUACUCGCUCGACCUAUCAUUGACAUACCACACACCGGGCACCAACGUACUCACCCCGACCAUCUCGCUCCGUCUCCCUAUUCAAGUCACUACGCAACCAAAGUAUGCAGAGUCCCUCAAAUCUGAUUUGGGCAUGAUUGUGACACAGGAAGAACUAGACGGAUUCUUCCAGCCACGCUCGGUUGCCCCCAUCAACGAGCCGGUCGUCGAUGUCAAUCUUGCGCCGCCGGAGUAUUCGGAGACGAUUGUUAGCUCGGGCUUGCGAGGCUUGCGUACUGCUUCUUGA